CAGAAACAGGAGGGAUGACACACCCACCUGUGUGUCACGGGAACUUUCUGAGAGCAGCACUUAUUAAGGCUCAUCUGCAUUGGAUCACCGGUUCAGAGAUCACAGUUUGCUCCUAGUAAACCCCUGAAGAAGGAAACUAAGAGAAAUCAGCAUGCCUACCAGUCUGUGUGGAACAUGGGACAUGAUCAGCAAUGUCAACUUCGACGGCUACAUGAGUGCACUUGGUAUCAGUACUUAUUUGAGAAAGAUUGCCCUGCGGCUGAAGCUGAAAAAGGUGAUUGAGCGGCAGGGAGACCAGUAUAUCAUUAAAACUCUCAGCACCUUCAGAAACUAUGCUAUCUCCUUCAAAAUCGGUCAAGAGUUUGAGGAGUUCACAAAGGGACUGGACAACAGGCACAUCAAGUCAACAGUGACAUGGCAGGGGAAUAAACAAAAGUGUGAGCAGAUUGGAGAGAAGAAGAACCGAGGCUGGGCUCACUGGGUCGAAGGCGACAAGCUCCAUCUGGAACUGUACUGUGAUGGAGAAGUCUGCAAGCAGGUGUUUAAGAAGAAUGUAAACGAGUAAAGAGGAAGGAGAUGUUUAAGGAGAAUUCGCCCGGUGCUGGAAGACAGCAUGCGUCCGAUCCACAACUGCUGACCCUGAA